AGUGGGAGGAGCGCUUGUUUGAUCACAGACAUGCCUUAGUCUCUUACUGUUGUUAUUGUCUGUAUCUCUGGCUGGGUAUUUUGAAACAUGAAGGUGGUGCUUGAGGUUGGAAAGUUACUAGCACGAUGGAAAUGUAUAAUAUUCACAAGACUGUUUUAGGAAUGCAAGAUAAAAGUCAUUUCGUAAAUAUGUGAACUUGCUUUCAGUGAAGUUAAGGAUUUAUGAAACCAUAAUGUUUAGAUAAUUGCUCGUUGUUAUCCCGUUUUGACUCAUUAAGGCAUAAGCAAGUUAGGACGCCCGCGUGAAUUUUAUGGAACCAUGACGGGCGCGGGCAGCGGCGGCGCCGGCGGGGGACCGUCGCGCUUCCUCGGGGGUCCAGGAGGCCUCGGCGGGGUCCGGGGGGACCUCCGCAGCACCCCCCAUGGCACCACCAUCCAGUGCGGGCCCCACCAGUACCGCCUGGGCCUCUACGGCUGGAGGCGCCGGUGCCUGUACGGCCUGGUGCUCGUGCUGCUGGUGAUGGUGAUCCUCAACCUCGCCCUCACGCUCUUCAUCCUCAGGGUCCUGGACGUCAGCACGGAGGGCAUCGGCGGCCUGCAGAUCGUGCGCGGCGGGAUGAUCGCGAGCGGCGACGUGCACGUCAUGGACGCGCUGGUGGCGUCGCGCAUCGUCUCGCGCCGCCGCACGCCCAUCCGCAUCCUGGCCGCCAACAACUUCUCCAUCGCCGCCACGGACGCCCACGGACGCAGGACCAACACCAUCUUCAUGAACACGGAGGCGAUGGAGUGCACCUCGAACCGCCUCGUGAUUCGGGACAAGGCGGGGCGACUCCUGUUCUCGGCGUCGCGCGAGGAGGUCCUGGUGGGCGCACAGCAUCUCACGGUCACAGGUGAAGGCGGGGCGGUGUUCAGCGGCUCCGUGCAGACGUCCCACGUGACGGCGCCCAUCAGCGAGUCCCUCCUGCUGGAGUCGAUGACGCGGAGCCUCGAGGUGACGGCGCCGCAGGGAGUGGCACUGGAGUCGCGGGCGGGCAACAUCACCGCCUCCAGCCUGCGGGACUUCACGCUGCAGUCCACGGGCGGCGUGAUAAAAUUCGACACGCCGAACAUCUUCGUGCGUGGCCUAAGGACUUCCACCAUCAGAACAACGGAUCCGAAGGAGGCUUUGCCUGAUGUUUACCAGGUGUGCGUGUGCAGCAGCGGGCGGCUGUUCUUGGCGAGCCCCGGAGGCGUUUGUGCGGCAGACAACAAAUUUUGCAAAUAACUUCGUUUAUUUAUUUAUUUGUCUCUCUGUUUCAUCGUUUUUCUUUUAUUUUUCUUCUUUUUCACUUGAGAUUUUUUGUAUAGUAUUGUCUUGGUUUGUUUGCUUGUUUAGCUGUUUGUAUGUGUAUAUCCAGUGAAUAAAAUAAAACAUCUUU